AUGGCCACUGGAUCCACAGCAGACAACGAGCGAGAUUUUGCUCACAACACUCGUCAUUACCUCCGGAGUUCUCGAGGACUAACCUGUGAUGUUUGGCGUGCAGCAGAGAGAAGGCUAUCUGAAUCAUGCAGUGGAAAGUCGCAAGAGUAUCUGCACCAGCUUGCAGUCGAAGCGCAAAGAAUUUGGCUGGAGGGUUUCAACGGGCCUCGGCAAUCUGGCCCUGAGAAGCGGAUGAACUUUGUCAGCUUGCAGAAGAAGAAGGCUGUGAACAAGAAGUCUUUGAACUCUUGGCUGAAACGAAGACGCAAGGCAGUCAAUGCCGCAGUUCGAGCUUCAUCUUCAAGUUGCUUGGUGACAGGUGAUGAGGCUGACUUGAAAAGGAAAGCCAAAAGGCGUGCUGGUGAUGCAUGGUCAGAUGGCCAUGAUCGGAAGGAAGGUCAUUUGCAAAGCCUGAUCAAAAAGAGAAGAUUUGAAGCGCAAAAGUCAGAUCAGCUCCUUGAAGACGAGAAGAUGGGUGAAGCAGCCUUUACUGCUUUGAACAAAAAGCAGUCAAAUGAUGAUUGGAAAGCUUUCAGGAAGCAUCAGCGUGUGACAGCAAGUUUCGAGAAGAAAUUGAAAUCCCUGGAGAAUUUGCUCAAUGGCCGUGCGGUUUGCCUUCGACGUUUACCUUCCCUUGAUGAGGAGGCGAGCGAGAUGCCCGUGACUACAACUUCUGACUUCAAGGUGGCCGACACCUAUGUGGUCCAGGAU